AUGUUCAGAACCACCGUCUCUCGCACCCUCCCGGCGGCGCGCACGCUGCACCCUUCCCUCUAUGUCGUCGCUUCACGCGGCCCUUCAUAUGUCCUCGCACAGCGUGCCUUCACCACUGGUACACCACUCUUUAACUCGCUGACCACCAAGCCCACGAAUGAAAAGGCCUCCGUCGGAGUUGAAGGUCUUCACAAGCGUGACAAGACAGCCGAGGAUUCAGUCACGAAGGAGAAUGGUACCAGCGACGUUCCGUCGGUCAUCAAGGGCGACUGGGUUCUAUUUCACCCUGUCUAUAAGCCCGACGAGCUCCGGUCGGUCGAGGUACUACACCGUGAAGCGAAAACGUUCUCGGACAAGAUCGCGUAUUCGUUCGUUAGGUUGCUCAGAUUGGGCUUCGAUGUCGUCUCCGGUUAUAAGCACAAGCCCCUUCCGCCCAAUUACAAAGAAAUGUCUAUCGCGGAACUCAGGAAGGCAGGCUACAUCAUGGAUGAGCACCAAUGGCUGAGGCGCUUCAUUUUCCUUGAGAGCAUUGCGGGUGUACCGGGAAUGGUCGCAGCGACUCUUCGCCACCUCAGAAGUCUUCGCUUGAUGCGUCGGGACUCGGGCUGGAUCCACACUUUGUUGGAAGAGGCUGAAAAUGAGCGUAUGCACCUGAUGACCUUCAUGACGAUGCGGAGGCCAGGCUAUCUCUUCCGAGCCAUGUUGAUCGGUGCUCAGGGUAUCUUCUACAACAUCUUUUUCGGUUGCUACAUGGUAUCGCCCAGGACGUGCCAUCGCUUUGUCGGCCAUCUCGAGGAGGAGGCAGUCAUCACUUAUACCAAGUGCAUUGAGGAGAUCGAAUCUGGUCAUCUCCCGGAGUGGGCAGACUACCCCGCCCCGGAGAUUGCGAAGAAUUAUUGGCGGUUGGACGAUAGCGCGACCCUCCUUGAUGUCAUCUACGCUGUGCGCAGCGACGAGAGCACGCAUCGGUUCGUCAAUCACACUCUCUCCAACCUGAAGAAGUCGGAUAUCAACCCAUUCGCGUUCCGCGAGCCCGACAUGACCGUCAAGGGCAAGAGAAUUGCCUUCACUCGCGAUGAGGCGGAGCGAUACGUCCAGGAGUCGCACAAGCUCAUCGAGGAUGGCAAGUUCCAUCCUAGGCAGUCUUAG